AUGUGGAAUAAAAUAAAAUUUAAAAUAAAAAAGAAAAAAAAUCUGACAUGGAAUAACCCCUCCCAAAUCCCACCCACGUCUUCUUCCCCCUCCCCCCAUUUCCCCAACCCGGCGCUGCCCCUUGCCACCAUCAUACGCCGGCGCCCGCCGUCCUCCGCCGUUCCCUCUCCUUCCCCCACCAUCCGCCCUCUGCCGCCGCCACCACCGAUUGCGCACGCGGCACCCCUCCACUUCACCCCACCCCCUUGCCAAUCCCUACGUCCACCGGCCUUUCCAUUACCCACCUUCACCGGAUCCUUCCAUUUUUCCCCACCGGCCCCGAGCCCAUCGGGCAAUACAGAGGCCGUGGUCCUUAGAAACGCGAAAUUCCAGAGGCCCACCCAACAACGGAGGAGGGUGUGCCGAUUUCAUUUGGUGGGACGAGGAGUCGGAUGGCGAAUUGAGGCGGUGGGUUGGGGAGGGGGCAGGGGCAGCGGCGCUGCUCUUCUUGUUCUCUGCGGAUGGGGAGGCGGCGGUGGCAGGGGGGAGGCGGCGGCGGGUUUGGGGAGGGAAAUUAGGUUUGAGAUUGGGGGUUUGGGGAAGAUGAUAAUGAUGUGGAUUUUUUUUUCCACAUGUCAUAAUAUGCUUAGGUAUCAAUUUUCAGCUGCCACGACAUCAAUUCCGGCUGCCACCGUGUCGUUUCCGACGCUGGGAUAAGAAAAAACCGAUCAUCGGACAAAAACGAGACAAAAACAAAAGGUUAUGUAUUUAAAAGCAGAUUUUUCAAAUUAGGAGCAAAAACCAAUUCUGUGGAAACGUUAUGGAUUUACAGGCAA